GUAACCGCACCCAUUCGCCGCACCGCUGCCAUGCUCGCUGGGCACGGUUUUAUUGUGGCUUGCCCAGAAAUUUAUCAUGAAUUUGAGCCGCUAGGCACCGUGCUGGCUUAUGAUGAGGCAGGCACUACGCGAGGUAACGAGCUUAAGAUCACAAAGCCAGUUGACGCAUAUGAUUCUGAUGCACGGGCCGUAUUAGACUACUUAAAAUCACGCGCUGACUGCACAGGCCGUUUAGGCGUGAUGGGCAUUUGCGUAGGUGGCCACCUGGCUUUCCGUGCUGCGAUGAACCCUGAUGUGUUGGCAACCGUGUGUUUCUAUGCCACUGACAUCCACAAAAAAGCCUUGGGCUUGGGCAAAAACGAUAACUCGCUACUACGCGCUGGCGAAAUUAAAGGCGAAUUGUUGCACAUUUGGGGUCGCCAAGACCCGCACGUACCACUAGAAGGCCGCAAUUUGGUAAAAGCACGCUUAGAUGAGGUGGGCACCAAAUACACUUGGCACGAAUUUAACGGCCAACACGCCUUUAUGCGCGACGAAGGCCACCGUUACGACCCUGCGCUUUCACGCUUAAGCUGGGAUUUACUCUUAGAAUUGUUCAAUCGCCGUCUAGGCUGGGAUGCGGCUGGACGAUUACCACCCGAAAUGAAAAUUUUGUCGGUCGGUCGUGGCAAAGUUGAGUUUGACGCUUGGCGUGCCGACAUUAAAAGCAUGUUAGAUGCCAAAUUUAAAAGUGGCUAUGACCAAAAAAUAUUUGAGCGUUUUAUUGCCCGUAAUCAUUAUUUUGCCAACUCAGCGGAUGAUCCUGAUGCUUACAAAAGAAUGGCUGAAACUUUGGGUGAUACAAAAACGUUCCCACAAAACUUGGCUUACUUUUUAUCGGUGCGUCCGACUGACUUUGCGCCUGUUGUUGAGCAAUUAUCUGGCGUGGGCUUGGUUGAUGAAAGCAAAUAUUGGCGCCGCGUGUUGAUUGAAAAACCUUUUGGUACAGAUUUAGCAUCAGCACAAGAUUUGCAAGCGCGUUUAACCCGCCACCUUAAAGAGAGCCAAAUUUACCGUAUUGACCACUACUUAGGCAAAACCGCCGUGCAAGGCAUUAUGCUCACUCGCUUUGCAAAUGCAAUUUUUGAGCCCCUUUGGAAUAAAGACCAUAUCGACCACGUGCAAAUUACCAAUAAUGAAAUUUUGGGCGUGGGCGACCGCACGACGUUUUAUGAUGCUACAGGCGCGUUAAGAGAUAUGUUCCAAAGCCAUUUGUUGCAAACUUUGGCUUUAACUGCAAUGGAAAAACCAAAAGAUUUAACACCAGAUAGCAUUCGCGCAGAAAAAAUUAAACUAUUACAAGCCAUUCGCCCGAUUGAUGCAAAAAACCUAAAUAAACAAGCUUUCCGUGCGCAAUAUGCCGCUGGUCGGGUGUGUGUGGGCGAUGGUCAUGGUGAAAACGUAGCUGGCUAUUUAGAUGAACUCAAACGCGAUGGCAUUGAAAGCAGUCAUACCGAAACCUACGCUGCGGUUAAAUUGUGGAUUGAUAACGAACGCUGGAAAGGUGUGCCAUUUUACGUGCGCACUGCAAAACGUAUGCACGAAGGCAAUGUGGCAAUUUCAGUCAAGUUUAAAAAAUCACCCAUGCAACUAAAUGACAGUCAACACCAAAACUGGCUAGUUAUCAGCAUUCAGCCAAAAGAAACCGUUAAACUUGAAAUAGAAUCAAAAAUCCCGGGCUUGGAUAUUGCCACACGCACAUUAAGCAUUGAUGCGCCUACCCGCCAACAAGGUGAUGAAAGCAUUGAUUCUUACGAAACUUUAAUGCUUAACUUGAUGGAAGGCGACCCAUCACAAUAUCUACACAUUAGCGAGGUUGAAGCGCAAUGGAAACUCGUUGACCCAAUUGUUAAAACUUGGGCGGCCGACAAAACUCCGUUGCUUCAAUACCGUGCAGGCGACCGCGACCCUAAAGAAUCUGGCGUAAUUUUUGAAACCGAAGACCAAUUUUGGCGUUAUAGUAUUGAAUUGGGUGGCGAUAAGCACUAA